GUUGAAAGUUACUUGUGCUGAAGUUGAAAAUCGGAUUUUCACACACUUUUUGACAUCUUGCGAUAUUAAAACCAUUUCAAACAUACUACAACGUUAAACUGAGGUCCAUUGAUGUCAGGAAUAUGGAGAGGUUACAUACGAUUGCUGGAGAAACGUCCACUAAUCACCACAGCUCUUCAAACAGGUGCCAUUAUGGCUACAGGAGAUGCCAUUGCACAGAAACUGAUUGAAAGAAAACCACAACUUGAAAUAAAGAGGUCAGCAAGAUUCUUCUGUUUCGGAGCCUUUUUUGGAGGCCCUGUAUUAAGAGGCUGGUAUGGAGUGCUGGAUAAGGUAGUCAAGCCAAAGAAUGCAAAUCUAGCAGCACUAGGGAAAGUCUCAUUUGACCAGCUAUUUUUUGCCCCCUGUUUUCUGACUGCAUUCCUGGGUAUUAUGGGCCUGGCAAAAGGAGACUCAACUGAGGAUAUAAAACAGAAAUAUAAACAGAAUUUUGUCGAUAUAUUAAUAGCAAACUACAAACUGUGGCCCGCUGUGCAGCUAGUCAACUUCUACUUUGUACCACUCCAACACAGAGUGAUGGUUGUUAACUUUACCGCUUUAUUCUGGAACACAUAUCUUGCAUGGAAGUCUGAACGGGACAUUGACGCAAUAGACAAUAUAAUUCCAGUUGAUGACACUGACAAUGUUGUGCUAAAUCAAACAAAUGCUGAUGUCCCUAAUCCCAAUAAGGAUAUUAUUAUUUUCCUCGAGGAUGAAUGUGCAAAUAACAAAGCUAAGGUUGGAACUACCACUUGACGCAUUUUUAAAUUAAAGAAAUUCUAUGUGCCAACGUUUUUGAAACAUUAUCGCUCAGAUUGAAUUUAUGAUACCUGUACCCAUUCUGGUUUACCACUCGCCCUCUUAUCUGUCAUUUGUGAAAGAUUGAGACAGAGGGGGCAUACUUAUCAUGAUGGACUGUUACCAGUCAUUCAUAAUAAAGGAAAAUGUGCAGAAGUAAUUUUAUUGUAUAACGAGGCCUGUAUCAUACGACAAAUUAGUUUUUUAAUAAAAAGAUGUAUAUUUAUGCAGUGUGCUCACAUAUAUGUAUUAUUAAAAACACCAAGACUUGUUACAUGUUAAAAAUAAAUUGAA